AUGGAUCGAUUACCAGAAUUUGCAGCCUUUGAUUACGCCGAUAAAGCCGACGCUGGACCGAAAUGGGAAAAGUGGAUCCGUCGUUUGGAGCUUUUGUUUACCGGCAUGGACAUCGAAGACAACGGGCGAAAGCGUGCCCUUCCCCUUCAUUACGCAGGAGAAAGAGUGUUUGAUAUCUACGAAGCAGAGAAGGGACACACAGCGCCCAAUUAUGCGGCCACAAAGCAAGUAUUAGCUGAUUAUUUUUCUCCGAGAAAAAACCCUCAGAUGGAAGUUUAUAAAUUCAGAAACUGUAAACAAAAUGCUAGCCAAUCGUUAGACGAGUAUGUAACCAAACUGAGGAAAUUAUCAAAAGAUUGUGAAUUUGCAGAUGCUGAUAACGAAAUUCUAUCACAAAUAAUUCAGAAUUGUCGCUCUAAUCGUCUGAGGCGAAGAGCGCUGCGGGAGCCUGACAUGAACUUAAAAACACUCCUAGAUCUAGGUCGUGCCCUCGAGGUUGCUGAAACCCAAGCGCUAACUAUGGAGGCCCAGAACGAACGUUACAGUGUUAACAACAUACGGAAGCCACCUGGCAAACAACGAAGCCGCAACCCGAGAAGUAAAGAUCAAGUGACAAAAAGUGAAAGCAAUAUUGACAAACCAUGCGGAAAUUGUGGCCUUACUCAUUCACGUACAUCAGUUUGCCCAGCAAAGGGACAGCAAUGUCGAUUUUGCAAGAAACUUAACCAUUUCCAGAGAGUGUGCAGAGCCAAGAAACGUGCGUCAGGACAACACAGGAAUCCAAACGUGUGCAUGAGGUAG